AAGCUCAGACUUAACUGGUAUGCAAGAGCAAGACUUCAUAGUUCAUAGUAGGAUCCAUAAGAUUGAGCGUCACACAGUCACACAGUUCGAAGGAAACUGUAACAAGCUGCGGACACAUAUGAUCGGAUAUGCGACGUGAUCGCGACAGAUCGCUCACGGUGGAGGAUGGACAAGCGAUCGAGUUCAACACAGUUAAGCGCUGAAACUCCAGACAGUCCCACAGGAGCUCAUGUUGAAUGGUGUAAACAGCUGAUUGCAGCCACAAUGUCAAGUCAAAUCUCAGGACCCAUCAGCUCAGAGAUGAACUCUAGAGAGUACAAGGACUGUGAUGUGGAAGUUAAAGGAUUUCUCUUGGACACUGACCCGCAGCAGACUGCCCCCUCUUCGGCACUGAGAGAAGGAAAUAAGCAGGCUCAGAUGGAGGAAGGUCCACGUGUACCUGGAGAAUCUAUCAAAGCUAUCGUCAAAGACGUGAUGUAUAUCUGUCCGUUCUCUGGUGUUGUGAGGGGCACUUUAACCAUCACUGACUACAAGCUCUACUUCAAGAGUUUGACUCGGGAUCCUCCCUUUGUGUUGGAUGUGAAUCUUGGGGCAGUAAGCAGAGUAGAGUCGAUCGCUGUUCAGAGUCAUGGAGAAAACAAUCAGGGACUUGAAAUAGUCUGCAAGGACAUAAGGAACGCCCGGUUUGCUUACAGAAAGGAAGGACAGAGUAAUAUGGAGGUGUUCGAAAUACUGUCACAGUAUGCUUUCCCUUUGUCCCACAACCUGCCUCUGUUUGCCUAUAAGUGUCGAGAGAAGUUUCCAGAAGAUGGCUGGAAGAUCUAUGACCCCAUCACUGAGUACAAGAGACAGGGUCUGCCGAAUGAGAGCUGGAUCAUCAGUAAAGUGAACAGUAGUUAUGAAGUGUGUGAGACGUACCCAGCCCUGCUGGUCAUGCCUUCAAACGUCACAGAAGAGGAGCUGAAGAGAGUGGCAGCAUUCAGAGCCAAACGCCGCUUACCUGUGCUGUCCUGGAUUCACCCUGAAAGCCAGGCCGCUAUAGUUCGCUGUGGUCAGCCUCAGGUGGGCCCAUCAGAUCGCCGCUGCCGAGAGGACGAGCGCUACCUGCAGACAAUACUCGACGCCAAUGCUCAGUCCCACAAACUCUGUAUCUUUGAUGCAAGACAGAGCACCGUGGCUGACACCAACAAAGCCAAAGAUGGAGGAUACGAGAAUGAGAGUUUCUACAUCAAUGUGGAGCUGAACUUUCUGGAGAUCCCCAACAUUCAUGUCAUGAGAGACUCGCUUAGAAAACUUAAGGAGGUGGUGUAUCCAACAAUCGACCAACAACACUGGUUCUCAUCGGUGGACUCCACACACUGGCUGGAAUACAUCAGGCUCCUUCUGGCAGGUGCGGUUCGUAUCGCAGACCGAAUCGAGUCAGGAAAGACGUCGGUGGUGGUCCACUGUAGUGACGGCUGGGACCGAACGGCUCAGUUGACGUCUCUGGCCAUGCUCAUGCUAGACAGCCACUACCGCUCGCUCAGGGGCUUCCAGGUGCUGCUGGAGAAGGAGUGGCUAAGCUUUGGACACCGCUUUGCCUCGCGUGUUGGACAUGGAGACGGGAAUCAUGUCAACUCUGAGCGUUCUCCUCUCUUCGUGCAGUUCAUAGACUGUGUUUGGCAAAUGACCCGACAGUUUCCCUCUGCAUUUGAAUUCAACGAGUUGUUUCUCAUCACCGUCCUCGAUCACCUGUACAGCUGCCUGUUUGGGACGUUCCUCUAUAACAGCGAGCAAGAGCGAGUCUCAAAGGAAGUUUACAGCAGGACCGUGUCACUGUGGUCGUACGUCAACAGUCAGGUUGAGGACUUUACAAAUCCUCUGUAUGUGAACUAUGAGCACCACGUUUUGUACCCAGUAGCCAGUCUGAGAAAUCUAGAGCUUUGGGUCAGUUAUUACGUACGCUGGAACCCUCACAUGAGGCCACAGGUUCCUGUUCAUCAGAGUCUAAAAGAGUUGUUGGUUUUGAGAUCAGAGCUGCAGAAGAGGGUGGAAGAGCUGAAACGAGACGCAGCUUCUCAUUCUCUUUCCUCUUCCUCAGAGCAUGAGGGGAUACCAAUGCAGACUACUGUCUGAGUAUAGAUUUCAGUGGUCUUGUUGUCUGUCGUUACAGUGAAAUAAAGAGUGUUUAUAUCUGUUCGAUAAAAUCACAGUCUAAUCUUGUAAUCUAUGCCACUGCUCAUCCACAUAGCACACAUGACCAUAAUUUUGGUCAAUGCUGCCCCCUAAAGGCCGCGGAACCACUGACCAAAUCAUAUAACACUACAGUUCAUUGGUUCACAUGGUCAUUGGAUUUUAUCAGCUAUCAUUGUCAACCAUUUCAACAUCAAAGCCUGUGUCUCCUUCGAAGCAUAAAAUCAUUUUUCUCCAGUUUUGAUAAUAAAAUGCGGUCUAUUAAGGAUGUACAGAUGUUACACUUGUUUUAGUAGAAAUGUUUUUUAACUCUUGUAUUGCCAACACCAACUAAUGCUUAAUACUAAGUAAACAAUUUUUUAUUUCAAGAUGCACUUUCAUGUGUACAUAUACGUUUUUUAUUCCAAAGGUUUUCUAAGUAGUAAAAUUAUAUUAUUUACUUUUAAAUAUACAAUACUUAUUUUUUUAUACAACAAAUGUCUCAUUUUUACACACCCAAAUGCUUUGACUGACAAUUUGAUUUGUUUUGUGACUCCAGAGUAACAAAUAUGUUACUAAAAAUGUAUGUGUGCUGUUCUGUACAAUUUUUAUAUCUGCAAAUCUGCUUUUAAUUACAAAUUUAUUUUUAUUUUCCAAAAGACGUAACAUUGGAACUUUGUAUUUAUAAUAAAAUGUUAUAAAUAUCCUUA